CUCUUCUUAACAUCCUAUGCCUAUAAACCCCGCACUCGACUGUGCGACACUAUAACACCUCUCUAGCAGUCAUAUAUACUAGAGCUGGAAGAUAUCUCUGUGCAGAUCCUGCUACACAAAAAAGACAUCUUCGCCAGUGGUUUCAGAAAGUCGGCUGGCAGAGUUCACGCUUCCUUAACAGUCUUGAUGCGAUCGAAGAUUUCUGCAUGUCACAUUGCUAAAGUGAACUCGUGCCAAGUCAUUACGCCAGAAUACGCCAAAGAUCACUGCGUGACUCUAGGAGAUGCGGCCUUUGCCACCAUAGAUAUUGGCACAAGCUUGGCAAUAACCAGCGCAUAUUGCAUAGCUAGCAAGCUGUCCAAGAUCACAUCCAAUAAUCAAAUUCCAAACGUAUUGCAGAAGUACGAAGACCUGUUCCGCCCAUAG